AUGGCACCAAAGAAGGAUGUGAAGAAACCUGCUGCUGCUGCCGCCCCAGCCCCAGCCCCAGCACCUGCACCUGCACCUGCCCCAGCCAAACCCAAAGAAGAAAAAAUUGACCUCUCUGCCAUUAAGAUCGAGUUCUCUAAGGCACAGCAGGAUGAAUUCAAGGAGGCGUUCCUCCUGUUUGACAGAACAGGUGAAUGUAAGAUCACCUUAAGCCAGGUCGGUGAUGUCCUUCGAGCUCUGGGCACAAAUCCCACCAAUGCGGAAGUCAAGAAGGUGCUGGGAAAUCCCAGCAAUGAAGAGAUGAAUGCCAAGAAAAUUGAGUUUGAACAAUUUCUGCCCAUGAUGCAAGCUAUUUCCAACAACAAGGACCAGGGCACUUAUGAAGACUUUGUUGAGGGUCUGCGUGUCUUUGACAAGGAGGGCAACGGCACAGUCAUGGGUGCUGAACUCCGCCAUGUUUUAGCCACAUUGGGUGAAAAAAUGAAAGAGGAGGAAGUGGAAGCCCUGAUGGCGGGUCAAGAAGACUCCAAUGGCUGCAUCAACUAUGAAGCUUUUGUCAAACAUAUCAUGUCCAAUUAAAUGAAGCUCUCAAGAUCAAGGAUUGUUUACAAAGACUGGCUGGAAGCUUCUUGCGAUAACACCCAUGACUUGCUGUCCAGACCUGCUUACCAUCAUUCAGUCAACAAAACAACAUGGACUGUUCUAGACUGAAGGACUCCCUGAACUUUUAUAUACUUCAUGUUCCUCUCUAAAUUGUAUUCACACCACACAAAUCAAGUGUCUCCUGCUCUAGACGAGAAGGAUAAAAUACUGACAAACUCAAAUUCAAGUACCACUCUUCAUUUUCCACCAGGGGUCAAUGAACAUCCUUAAAAUACUAAAUCAAUAAAUAAUUUUAGUCAGUCUGGAA